AUGGGAAGAAGACGAUCGAAAUCCUCUUCGAAAAGGAAGAAAAAGAAAGAGAAGACGUUUCCGUUGGACAAAAUAAGCAACUUACCAAGUGAUGUUAUACAGCAUAUUUUGUCAUAUUUGCACUUCAAGGAGGCAGUGAAAACAAGUGUGUUAUCGAAAGCAUGGAGAUACAAAUGGGCUAUGCUUCCCUCCCUUGCCUUUGAUGAUACCGAUGGCAGCUCCAUUGAGAGAAUUGUCAAUCAUGUUCUCUUUUCUCACACUGGCCCUGUAGACGCUUUCAAGCUUACUACUGCAAGAGGUCUGUCUCUAGACACUAGAGAUAUUGAUCUAUGGAUUUCUCGUCUAUCGAGUUACUCUAUCAAGGAGUUUAUACUGAAAUUAUGGAAUAGGAGUUUCAAAUACGAUGUCUUUUCCCGUUUGUUUUCUUUUCAAGAUUUGACUCGCUUGGAGUUAUGCAAUUGUUCCCUAAAACCUCCGUCCACAUUCAAAGGCUUCCGGGUGUUGAAGGCCCUUCAUAUUCGAAGAGUUACAGUGGCUCAAGAUGCGUUGGAAAAACUGAUCGAGAGUGGUCCUCUUCUUGAGAGAAUGACUCUGUGUGACAUAAUGCGUCUCACUCAGCUCAACAUUUAUGCACAGAAUCUCCAAUUCCUUAAAGUCGGAGGUGUUUUUCAGGAUUUCAGACUUAAGAAUACCACAAAUCUCGUUGAUGUUUCAAUUGAUGGAAACUGGGACUCCAGUGAAUUCUUCAAGUUUUUUGUUCAGCUGCCUAUUAUUGAAAGGCUCACAAUUAAGUUUAAAGGGAGAAGCAGGAUGAGGUUAGAUCAGCCCAACUGGAAUUGCACAUUCACCCAACUUCAAGUUUUGAAAAGGAUUGCUCUUCAACCUGUUUCUGGUACCGAUGUCUGUUGGGAACUGCCUAUAAUGUUGAACGAUUUUGGGAAUGUAGAGAAAAAUUUCUUGGCCCCGUUAACUGAUUACUAUAUGCAAUCUAAUGAGUAUUAUGAUGAGGAUUGA